CGCUUGUCAGGUAUACAACAAUGAUGAUUCUUUUCGAGAUCUGGUUGAACAAGAUGGUGACCGAGAUCCUCUCUGCUCCAUCUCCCAUCUUGGUGCUUUUGCACUGGCUGUCCAUGGAGCUUGGAAUGCUCUCUUGGCUCACCCCCUCCUCUUAGAAUCCCUGGUUUCCACCAAGUUUCAGCUCAGAUCUCACUGUGUGCAAAAGGCCCUUCCCAGUCUCUCUUGUGCCAGUACCCUCCAUCUAAUUUAUGAGUUAUCUUGCAGGUAGCUACAUAUUUACAUAUUUCCCUCUACCCAUAUAAACUCAGAUGUGUUAAUCACCUUAUGAAAUAUAAAAAAAUAUACCUUUGAAAAUCACUAUAGAAUGAUCCCAUCUAGUUCUUGAACUGCUUCUGGAGGCAAAGGGCAAAUUGAUUAUAUUAUAUAUUAUAUAAUUAUAUUGUCAAAUCUCUGAUUAUCAGAGUUUAGAGUCCUAGCUCCCAGAAUCUGUAUGUGCAAUUAGUGAUACUUUAGGAAGGGGAAGGGUCUUAUAAUCCAGCAAUUUCUUAGAUCCAGCCCCCAGGAAGACUUAUAAUGACAGACUAUGUAGAACAGAGUCAGGGUUGAUCCUUUAUUGUUUUCCUUAUUGUGUCCCUGCAUGGAGCCACUCCAACCUUGAAAUUUUUGCUCCUGCAGACAAUUCUAUGCAUCCUAAGGCUCAUCUUCCCCUGGCAGGAAUCCUCUCCUCAGGAUAGUCUGGACAACUAUAUCAGAAAGAACUUGGAAAACUGGGGGAUACAAUUAGAGAUGCUUCACUUUCCAUACUCAAAGGGAAAGACAUUUUCUUUUCAUAAUCAUGGUGGAUAUGUAUUCCCUUGGAAUGAAGAGGAUUCUCUGGUCUACUUGGUGAUAUAAUCUGAGUCGCUAGAAGUAGAUGAAGUAGAAUCUUCCUCUCGUCCCUGAAGAUAGGACAGCCAUUCAGCAGAAACUUGCAUGAAUUUAUAGCUAUCCCCUUAUGGGAUUCACAGAAUCAUGUAAUAAGAGUCUCAAGGUGAUUUACAUGGUGAUAGGGACCCUGGAUUGAUUUGGGGGACCUUGGCAUCAAGGAGCAAGAGGAGAAUCUCUUUUAUAGAGGCUAGAAGAAUUAUAGCAAUAGUGAUGAUGUUGAUAAUAACUAGCACUUACAUAAUGCCUCAAGGUCUAAAAAUCUCUUUUGUUCAUCACAGUACCCCAUGAGGUAGAUAUUAUUAUUAUCCCCAUUUUACAGAUGAAACACUGAGGUUGUGAGUUAAGUAAUUUGUUCAGGGUAAUAUAGCUAGUAAAAGACAGGAUUUGAAGUUGGAUUAUUCUGAUUCCAAGUUCAGCAUUCUGUUGCCUGAGGUUGCCCUCAGGAUUUGAUUGGUUCAAAGGAUUGGAGGCCAAAAAAAAAAAAAACAAAAAAAAAACGCUAUUUCAUUGAGAAAUAUAUGUUCCUAAAGUAUAGUGGAAUUCUCAUUGUCCUGCGAAAUGUCCUUCUGACCCAACAUUUUCAUUCUGGCAAAUAAAAAAGCAGCAUCUGUUUUAGUAAAUUGCAUUUUAAUCUUAUUGUAUGUAUGUUUGUUUUUAUUGAAUUUUAUGGUCCAUGAGUACUGUGGGCCAGGCCUGACUAAAGCCAAUUCCAGAACAAAAUGAUUCAGCCAGACAGUUAACAAGUAUUUGUUAAGUAUCUACUAUGUACCAGACACUGUUCUAAGCAGUGGGAAUACAAAGAAUGACGAAUGACUGUCUCUCCCCUCAAGGAGCUUAUAAUCUAACAGGAGAGACAACUUAAGUAACUAUGUAUUGUUAUUGUUGAAUCCUUGUUCAGUUUUCUUGGCAAAGAUACUAGAGUGGUUUGCCAUUUCCUACUCUAGCUCAUUUUCAGAUGAGGAAACUGAGUUAAACAGGUUUAAAUAAUUUAUCCAGGGUCACACAGCUAGUAUGUGUCUGAAAUGGGAUUUGAAUUUAGGAAGAUGAGUUUUCCUGAACAGGUCUGGAACUCUCAUCUAUUGUACCGCCUUGCUUCCCAAACAACUGUGAACAAACAAGAUAUAUAGAGGAUGAAUUGGACAUAAUUAACCAAAGGCAAGUACCCUCAUUAAAGGUUCUUCUGGAAGGUAGGGGUUUAGGUGACACUUGAGGAAGGCAGGAGAUAAGAGAUGAAAGAGAGGUCUAGGGUUUAACCAGUCAAAAUAUGAUUCAGGAAGGAUUCAGCAUGGAUUUAGGUGGGCAUGAAGGGGUCCUUGGUCCUUGGUAGCUUGAUAAAUAUUGGCAAGAGAGAACUUGAAUUAUUAUCCAAGUUACUAUUUGAGGCAAGCAGGAAGGAAUAUAACAACGUCUCCAGCACUCUAAAGGAUACUCUGGGAGAAAUGUAAUGAUGGAUAAAAUGUUUUCUCUGCUCUUUGGAAACUUUUAAUUUGCUUUGGGAGAAGCUUGCUCGAAGAUUACCGUGAUAUAAGGAAUGCUAGGUACUGAAAGAGAAAUGUAAGCAUAAUGUUGGAGAAACUCAGAGAAUGGAGAUGGAGAGAAACAAAGAGACAAAUGGAAGAAAGGAAAAGAAAGAAAAAAAGAGAAGAAGGGACGAAAGAGAAGGAAGGAAGGAGAGAAAGAGAGAAAGAGGAAAAAGGAAAGAAAAGGGAAAGAAGGAAGAAAGAUUGAAGUGGUCAUAUGAGGCUUCUUGGAGAAGGUGCUGUAUUUGAUGAAGAUACUGGAAAAGUACUAGUUGUACAAGAUCGAAAUAAAAUGAAAAAUGCAUGGAAGUUUCCAGGAGGUUUGUCAGAACCUGGAGAAGAUAUUGGAGACACAGCUGUUCGGGAAGUUUGGGAAGAAACUGGCAUCAAGUCAGAAUUCAAAGCCCUCCUGAGUAUCCGGCAGCAACAUGGGGCCCCAAAUGCAUUUGGGAAGUCUGAUAUGUACAUCAUCUGCCGUCUGAAGCCACUUUCCUUCCACAUUAACUUCUGUCCACACGAGUGUCUGAAAUGUGAGUGGAUGAAUCUCACAGAUCUUGCGGAAGCAGAUGACACAACUCCGAUCACCCGCAGGGUGGCUAAUUUGCUCCUCUAUGGACACAGAGUAGGGUUUGAGAACAUCGACCUUUCUAUGCGAGAGCUCCCUUCUGUCCACAGAGGGCUGUUCUAUAAACUCUAUCACAAGGAGUUGCCAGAGCUCUAUGAAAAUAUAGCUAAAAUGGAUUAAAAUUCACAUUUACAUUCUUUAAUAAUUUAAAAAAAAGGUUAUGGGGUCAGAUGAAUGAAUAAUAGAUUUUGGGUGCGAUUGCUAGACCUGUCUUUCUACAUUAAUUCUUUCAGGAUAAAUGUGUUUUAAAAUGUGCA